AUGGGGGAGACGAGGAGCUGGAGCUCUCUGCUGGUGCACAUUCUGGUGAUCGCCCUCUGCCUCACCGCCUUCGGCUUCGCCAUCGCCGCAGAGCGCCGCCGCAGCACGGUACUGAACCUGCCCAAAAGGGUCGAGGGUUCGAUAGUCACAGACAUCAACAACUCCACAUAUUGCACUUAUGACUCCGAUAUUUCUACCGGCUAUGGUGUCGGCGCCUUCCUGUUUCUCCUCUCGGGCCAAUCACUCCUUAUGGGAGUUACAAAGUGCAUGUGCUUUGGCCAACCGCUCGCACCUGGUGGAAGCAGAGCCUGGUCCAUUAUCUACUUUGUUUCUUCAUGGAUCACAUUCAUAAUCGCCGAGUCCUGCCUGAUCGCCGGGGCGACAAAGAACGCGUACCACACCAAGUACAGGCACAUGAUAUACGCAGGGAGCUGGACCUGCGACUCGCUCCGGAAAGGGGUGUUCAUCUCGGGGGCGGUCUUUGUGGUGCUCACCAUGACCCUGAACGUGUACUUCUACAUGUACUACACGAAAUCGACGCGCCAGGCCGCCAAAAAGACCAACAAGGCCACCGCCAAUGUCGGCAUGGCUGGCUACGCAUGA